GGUCAACUUUUUCUCUGCCCUUUUUCUGUCAACAAGCUGGACUCUGAUUUUGUACCCUUUUACAAUCUCAGUCAAAAUGCAGCUUUCGUUAUUUUUAAUUAAUUUUCAUUGGACUUAGACCCCGCCUACAAAUGGCUGUUUUUCAGGCACAUUCCCCCCACUUUCAGGUGUUCUUUUUGCUGUGCAAUUUGUAGCCCAUUUUGGCAUUUUCCAGUGGAGUUAGAGCCAUUCCUUUCAUGUUUUGAUAAUGUUUACCAUCUGAGAUUAAGGUUGGGAUUGGGUAUUGAACAGUUCUAGUUUCACUUUGAACAUGAAACCAAAAAUGAAUAAUUGCUGGCGCUCAAUUGUGCCCCUUCAUUUGCAAGGAGAAUCGGCAAACGACUUCUGCUUGUUUCCUAAAGUGAAUUCGGCCAGCGAUAGCCCCCAAAACUUUCCCGUUUAUCUCAAUGUAUAUGACUUGACUACGGUAAAUGGUUACUUCUACUGGGCUGGCGUUGGUAUCUUCCAUUCUGGAGUGGAAGUGCAUGGCAUUGAAUAUGCUUUUGGAGCCCAUGACUAUCCUGCAAGUGGCGUCUUUGAAAUUGAACCGCGACAGUGCCCUGGUUUCAAAUUCAGAAAGUCAAUUUUGAUGGGGAUGACGUAUUUGAAUCCUAACGAAAUUAAAGAGUUCAUGGAACGCCAUGCUGCUAAUUACUAUGGGGAUACAUAUCACUUGAUUGUGAAGAACUGCAACCAUUUCUGUGAGGACAUAUGCUACAAGUUGACAGGAAACAGGAUACCAAAAUGGGUGAAUCGGCUGGCUAAAAUAGGUUCAUUCUGCAAUUGUAUUCUUCCGGAUGCCCUUAAAACAUCUCCAGUUCGACAUGGUGCAAAUUGUCAAGGCUUUGGCUGCAAGAAGAAGAUUCGACGAAGCUCUUUUGGCUGCUUUUCGUCUAUUUCCAUUCUCCAGAAAGAGAGAGAAGUGUCUAUAUCUUCACUGUUCUUACACUCCCACUAUAAAGGCUGCCUACCUCCAUGGGAGUUGAAAACAUCUGCAAGUAAAUCUUCGAAAGAGGGAUGAAAAUAGCAUCACAUAGUUUUAACAGGACAUUUUUUUUUUUUUGGUGUGGAUUCCUGCAGUUUUGUCACAACCAGAUUCUGGCUUUUACUCAUCCAUUAGCCUCUGCUAGGUAAAACAUUUGCAAGUUUCUUGUGUUUGGUUACACAGAGCACCAGUCCUCUGUUAUUUGGCUUUGGCUUUGGCUUUUCUGUAUCUAUGGUGAUGUCCGUAUUCUUAUUGAUGACGUGUUCCAGUUUCAAUCUGCAGAACUGUAACUUUGAUAAUUCAAAGUAAAAGGAGAGUUUAUAUG